AUGAUGACGUCUUAUACAGUACACAUUAACUUAGUUUACAUGUUUUACAAACAAUAUUAUCCUCAACGAAAUUCAUUUUUUUCCGAUGUUGGUGAACCAAGAUUACGAAGUACUGUUCCCAAUAUAAUUUCACCCUAUUUUUUCAGUAAUAAUAAUAGGCAAAGACAUCAAAAAAAUGACUUUGAACGAUUUCAUACACAACAAUUGUUUAACAAUGUUUUUGUUGGCACAAUACCAAGAUUUAUUGAUAACACAAAUAAUCUUGGUAAUAUACCUCAACAACGACGUUGGCGACAUGUUUUAAAUGAAAAUACAAAGUUCCAUGCACAUAAUCGUAAUCAUGGGCAUCCACGGACAGCACGCGGCAUACAUGACGUUUCAACAGCAUAUUUCAUGACAGAUCCAAUAAUAACGGGAAAUGAUAGAAUAACGAUACAAUUAGCUCAAGUUCGUCUUGGUCCCACUGGUGAUCAACAACGUGUAUUCAUUGAACAAGAUUUUAGCAAUGAAAGUGAAUUAAACCGAUUCGUCCGAGAUUUAAAAAAGAAUUUUGAUAAAACAUUAAAAACUCGAUAUGAAAAGAAUGGAACAGUGUUCGAACAGGAACAUGGUAGUACUACAAACUUUAAAAAGUCUGGAGUGGUGGUAGUUGAAGAGCCGGGUGAAGAACCCAAAACGUAUCCUCGACAACAACAAACUCGAACGGAAAAAACAAAAACAAGAAAUGAAUCCCAAUCAUCAAUGAGUCAAGAAAAAUCACCUCAUAGAACACGCUCCUAUUCAGGAGAACACCAACAAUAUUCUAAAUCUUAUACAGACAUAAAAACAAAUAAUCGAAAACAAUAUCGUUCAAAGAGUUGUGAAACACAAGAGAAGAAUGAUCAUUAUGAACAACAUCACAAUAAAAAUUUUAAACGAAGAGGACGUCGAGAUUCUUUAACAUCAGCUAGUAGCACACAAAUGAGAAGAAGACAUCGUUCAUUAUCAAAAUCUAAAAUAUUAAAAAAAGAUAAGAAAACCGACAAAUCAUCAACAUUAAAUCAAAAUCGUUUUUAUAGUAUGAGAAAUCUUGUUAAAAAUCAGGAUACAUCCUCUCCUCCGUACUCACCAUUUACUAAUAAUUAUUCAAAGUAUAGAAAUCGGACAAGAAAUGAACUUAAUCCAUCACGAUUAGCACGAAAUGGAUUUUUUUCCACAGCUUAUACACCGUUUUCAUGGGAAAAGAAACAUGAAUCAAAUUUUUAUAAUAAAAAUAAGAGAAAUACUAUGGAACAUAGUCAAAUGGGAUAUUAUUCACACAACCAACAACCCUUCUAUUUACAACCAAAAAGAUUUAUUAGUGAAAAUGGCAACUUUAGACGAAUGCAGACACCGACUUUUGUAUCUCCAUUUCAGGAAAAAAAUAUUCAAUAUAGAUUUAGAGCUCCUGGUAAUGUCACAUUAAACGACACAUUAGAUAUGAAUCAAGUCAGUCGUCCAGUAACAACAACAAAUUUUCGACAUGUACAGCCAUUAAACACGUCGAUUCAUCGACCCCCUACACAGUUAUCUACUCAAUCUCAUAUAACACCCGAUAAUAAUUUAAUUCAACAACAUGUAUUCGGUGUCACAUCCGCUAUAAAUCAAAAUGGUCAAUUUUCUGCUUCAACUCAACAAAUAUUCAAUCAAUCAUCACCAAAAACAAACGUUAUGAACAAUAUUAAACCACCGCCAGCACGACCACCAACAAAUCUUGGUUUACCUGUCGGAAAACAAUAUCAACAGAAACAUGAGUGGACAAAUCGUGCUCCGUCUCGCUUACUUCAACAAGGUCGAACAACUGUGGAACAAUCUUUCAUUCAUCCUCAUUUGACUGAGCAACGUGUUUGUAAGGCACACUCAGAAACUGAUAAACUAUUCGGACAUCAACCUCAUCGAACACAUAAUCUAUUAACUUCAUCAUUACUACGCAAUAGAGAAAAUAUUGAUUAUUCGGGCUAUGCAACAAAUCUUCAUUUACAACCGCCGCAUAGACGUUCGUCAUUUCGUGAUUUGAAAAUGGCAAACGGAUUUAAUUCAUACAUGAGACAGGAUCCAAGAUCAGUAAAAUAUUUUCAAAAUAUGAUGAGACAAUCACAACAAACUCAAACAUUCAUGUGUAAUCCUCAUUAA